GGGGCUACAGUACGUAGUUAGGUCUGCUACAUUGGACUUAACAACUUAAGCCUUAAAGUAUACGGUAUUCCCCAAUUUUUUCAACACUUCAUCACCUUAUAAUAUGUCCUUAAGUGACCGACACCCCAACUUUCUUGCACAUAAUCUUUGAAUUUCUAGUCUUCUCUCUCUUCUUCUACCCCAAAUUAAAAACCAAUCCAUCUUCUAAAUUACUUUAGUCUAUAUUUAGUAUAUAUAUGUGUUAGUACAAUAUCUGUACAUGUAGCUAGCUUCAAGUACAUAUUAUUAGUUUAUCUAAUAAUAUGGAAUCAACCGACCAAGUUCCAAACGCGCGCGCUCGACUCCAUCAUCAACCGUGCGCAGCAUGUAGAAUGCUACGGCGAAGAUGCGACAACAAUUGCGUGCUUUCGCCUUAUUUUCCGCCCGAAGAGAUCGAGAAUUUUGCUGGCGUUCACAAGGUUUUUGGAGCCAGUAACAUCAUCAAAAUGAUCCAGAUGGUGGAGGAGACUAAUAGAGAUGACGCAGUAAAAUCCAUAGUGUACGAAGCCACAGCGAGAGUGAGAGACCCCGUUUAUGGAUGUGCUGGGAUUAUUUUCCAUUUGCAAAAGAUGGUGAGUGAACUCAAUUCUCAACUGGAGACCGUAACAGCUCAAGUCAUGGAGAUCCAAGUGCAAAGAGACAAGUUGUUGAGCCUUUUUAUGAAUAUUAAUGUUGAUGAUCAUCAUAACCUUGAAUUUGAUGAUACUAAUAGUAAUUCUACUGCAAUUACAACUACACAAUGGUCAUUGGAUCCACUUUUUGAUGGCUGCACUGCUUCUAUAUACGACGACAGUUUUCAAUUCUAAUAAUUGCAAUAAUGAAAUUAAAUGUUGUUUCAUUUAGAAUAGCAUUUAUUAUAAUACUCUUUUUUUUCAAUCAUAUGUAAUAGCAAAUUAGUGGGAUUUAUAUAGAUCGAUAUUGUAAUACACAAGAUUAUAAUUAAUAAACUAGAUCGCAGGUUUAUUAUUAGAGCAUUGCUAUUAAAUAAAUAAAUAUACAUAUGAAUUUUAGAUUUGUAACUAAACGUGAUAUUUAUCAAUAAAAUGUUAUUUUUAUAGUA